UCUGGACUCAUUUGCUUUGCCUUUCUGGUCUAGACAAGGAGGGAUCAAUACACAUCUGGGGCCUGGAGAUAAUGUAUACGGGAGCCUCAGAGGGCAUUUCAUGUGGCUCUGACUCACCCUGACUCUCCCGUGAAGCGGAAAGGAGGAAACACCACACCACUCAGGUGUGGCCAGCCUUUGACCAUUGUUGUGAAUGCCCAAGAGUUACUACAGUCCCUUCCCAAUUACUCAUUUUGCUUUAGCUGUGGUUGAGCUAAGACUUCUGGCUCAAGGAAAGCUACAGAAGAGGAGAUAGGAUGAGGCGGGAAGAGGAGGAAGAGGAGGGAACCAGGAUGAAAGCAAAAGGAGACCUAGAGAUGAAGGAGGAAGAGGCAGUGAGGGAGAAGGGAGAACAGGUUGGCCCUUUCAUGAGAGCUAUGCCCGCCCCUCUGCCGCACAACAAGGGGACCCGGUUUUCAGAGGUAUGGGAGUAUUUCCACCUGGCCCCUGUUCGUGCCGGCCACCACCCCAACCAAUAUGCCACCUGCCGCCUGUGCGGCAGGCAGGUGAGCCGUGGCCCCGGGGUUAACGUGGGCACCACAGCCUUGUGGAAACAUCUGAAGAGCAUGCAUAGAGAGGAGCUAGAGAGGACUGGCCAUGGUCAGGUGGGGCAGCGCAAGGACCCGAGGCCCCAGGGGCCCCAGCUCCCCAUAGGGAUCGAGGGUGACUGGGCCCGGCUCCUGGAGCAAGUGGGGGCCCUGGCGUUGUGGGCCAGCCAAAGGGAAAAGGAGGUGCUUAGGAGGGAGAGGGCCGUGGAAUGGCGGGAGAGGGCAGUGGAAAGGCGAGAGCGAGCCCUGGAGGAGGUAGAGAAGGCCAUCCUGGAGAUGAAAUGGAAGGUGAGGGCCGAGAAGGAAGCCUGUCAGAGGGAGCAGGAGCAGCCUGCCUUAGCGCAUCCCUUCCAUUUUGUGUAAUCAGUCUGGGAG